AUGGGGCCCCGUCGGCUGGCAGAACGUGGUGUUGGCACCGUGCCCCCCGACCCUGCUCACAGCGGGGAUCAAGCUUUCACGACUGACUACAGUGGGGUCCGAGGUCCCAUGGAGCCGUCUUUGCUGGGGAGGCAGGAGUGCCCUCCUCCCGCCCGGCCGUGCUGCUCCCCCACCCUGGGCGCCACCCCUCCCCUGGCCCUGCAGCACCGCGGGGCCCCGUCCCAGGCCCCCGGGCUCUCACCCAGACUGGGAGACCCCAAGGCAGAGAUCACAGAGCCCGCCAGCAGCACGGGGCCGGCUCGUGGUCUGUUGAACAGCAAGCGUGUGUGCUUGCUCUUGGCUUGGGUUGCCGGGGCUCUGUGGGCUGGUUCACUCUCUGCUGUGGUCUGUGCCCUCCGCUGCCUGCGGUACCUCCGCGUGGCCUCUGUGGCAGGUGCCUCGCCCUCUCCCACAGCCGCCCGGGGCCCAGCAGGUGCAGGGCAGGGGUCCCCAGGCCUUGCCGAGGAGGGGCCGGUGCGAGAGGGCCUCUGCGUGGCAUGUCAGUGCCGCGUCCCUAGCUGGGCUGGCAUCCACGUAGCCUCCCAGAUGUCCAGUGGCCGUGGGGGCCGCCUCCGGAGUGGACACCGGUGCGCCGAGCGGACUUCCAGCCUCCACUCGCCAGAGGCAGAGCCCGUGUCCACGGGUCCCGCGUCUGUCCGUCUUCACGGGGGGGCCCCAUCACCAGCCCUGCCCGGAAGCCAGGGACCCCCGCCCGGCCAGGCGGGCGCCGGCUCCCUGAGUCAGUCAGUCUCCUGGGAUGCUGGCCCCCUGAGACGGGGUCAGGUCGGGGCCACACCUUUGGGGCCAGUGCUCUGGGUCCAGGCCCUCCUGCACCAGUGGCUGCCACCCCCGCCGCACUUCCCGGUGCUUCCCGGCCUCAGGUGUAAAGGCCGAAACCCUGGGUGGCAGGGCCUGCGCUGCGAGGGCGGGGGCUGGCCGCAGGCGAUAACGGUGGGCGCCCUGCCCAGGACCUGCUUCUGGGAGUCAGCAGCCCGGCGGCCUCGUGCUCUGCCUGUGGACGGUCAAGACCACGGCUGCGCCAUCCGAUCCCCACGCACCAGCCACCAGCCAGCCCAGGGGAGUGACCCCUAUGGCCUGUCCACAUCUCAGAAGAAUGUAGCACAGAGGUGUGGCUGGGACAUGGGCCCCGGGCCCUCAACAGCCGGGCCCGAGAUGCGCCAUGAGAUGCGCCAUGAGGUGGCCUGGGCCGAGCACCAGGGCCCACCCCGGCUCUCACAUCCUUGCGCUCUGGGCACUGGCUCUGGAGAGACCAUGCUCGUGGCCACCGGACUCCAACCUAGUGAGGCGCUGGACGGCCUCCUGUCCCCCUGCAUGCCCCCACCCCGCCCGUCUGGCCAGACUAGCCAGCCCCGGUCACUCUGCCAGCACCCCGGGCAGGCCAGGCCAAGGGCCGGGUACCGGGCAGGCCCCGCAGCGGCUGUGUGCCUGCAGCCAGGGAACGAAGGCUUUAGGGCCAAAGUCCGGAGACCUACGGAGAGGUUCCUGGCCCAGUUUUCCCUCAGUCGGGGGCAGCUCUCAGAUCUGCCGGCCUCGCUGACCCGCCGGCACAGGGCUGGCCCCGGAGGGGGCCUGGAGGAGGGGAAACCAGCUCAGGAAGGAGGCGGCAGCAUCUCGGUGCCGCCGCCCCCACCGUGGGAGCUGCAGGGUGGUCCUCGGGGCCCCAACCCCGCCCACAGCACACACCCACCGCUGCAUCCCCGCCCCCGCAAGCCCAGCGUGUCCUCAGGUGUAUCUGUCCGCCCACCGCAAACUGCUCCUGCUGAUACCUGGGAGUUCCCUGGAAGCCCCCUUCCCCACCUCAACCCCGGCACCUCUCGGAGGGCCCCCUUCUGUGCACUCCCACACCCACCUCUCCAGCCCCGCCAACAAGCCGCCGGACUUGUGCUGCCCAAGCGGCCUCGUGGGGCCCCUUCUCCCUCUGGUGGAUGCCUGCUGGCCCAAGCAUCGCCGCCCCGGGCCCUCUUUCUGGACACCCCCGUCUGCACACAGUGCCCCGUGCACACACUGACACGGCCCACGCGUAGUGCGCCCACCAGCUCCGAGCUGACCCGAAUCCCCGCUCCCCGGUGCAGUGUGUCCCCAGUGCCCAGGAAGGGCAACGCCCAGCAGGCACCUCCGGCACGCUGGCGCCUUCAGCCCCGCCCAGCACUGGAGAGUGGAGGCUGCAAAAGGCCUGGGGUGCAGACAGCAGUCAGGCCCCCUGGGGCCCGGCAGUCUGGCAGUCACAGGGACGGAGCGGCGGAGCUGACCCGGGAGAGGUGUCAGGUGCCCGAGGCCUCCUGCCCCGUACAAUGCUGGGCGGUGGAGCCCUGCGAGGUCUCCGCGGGCGCCUGGCUCCGCCUGGGCUCCUCUCAGCCGGCUGCCCGCGCCGCGCGGCCGCCGGAGGGCGAGGCCGAGCGGCGCCGCGGCGGGCCCACUGUCCGCAGCGGCGCCGGGGGUGGCGGCCCCGGCGCAGGUCCGAGCCGGGCGGGCCCUGGACGGCUCGGAGGGGCGGGGCCGGCCGGCGGCGGCGGACGGGUCGUCAGGACAACCGACCGCCUGCUGGUCUCCGGUGCCCAGCCGAGCGCAGCGAGCCCGGCUCAGGGGACCGGGCCGGGACGCGCUCGGGGCAAGGUCACUGCAACAGGCUGGGCCCUGGGGGCGGCCCGCGGGGUCCCGAGCCGCGUGCGGGACGCGCAAGUGCUCAGUAAAGUCGAGAGCUGGUACUGGGCUGAAGGCGCGUGGGAGCGGGGCCCGGGCGGGGGUCCGGCGUCCGCUUCCCGGAGCCGAGUGCGCGCCCUCUCGUCACCCAGCGAGGCGCCGAGCACACGGGGGGUCGUCAAGUGCCCCCCCCCAGGCGGCGAGGUCGAGACUGGGCUGCUGCGGCGGGCCCGCCGGUGUCCCCUUGGCGCCCCGCGUCUCCGCGGCCCGGCCCCGCUGGGCUUCCUGCUCGCGCCGCCGGGACUUCCUCCCCGCAGUGCCCGGGUGGCCACCCGGGCGCCAGACCCGGAGGCGGGGAACCCGGGGACACGGGCAGGGAGGGGGGGGCCGGGGCGAGGAGAGGGGAAGACACCCUGGAGCCGGUAG